AUGGCCUCCCAAAGCUUUUCCCUUACCGCCCUUCCUUCCGGCGGCACCCUUGCCGCCGCUCCGGCGCAAAUUGCGACUCCUUCCAGUGAUGCUCCCGCGAAGCCCAAGCCCUGCUGCGUGUGCAAGGAAGAGAAGGCCAAGCGCGAUGAUUGCAUGCUUUUCUCCAAGUCCGAUGACCCCCAGAAGGACUGCGUGUCGACGAUAGACCAGUACCGCGCCUGCAUGGCUGGUUUCGGCUUCAAGGUCUAAAUGUAACCUUCGUUGCCAUCGAGUUGAGCGAGCGACCAGCAGCAACAGCAGUAAUGACCGACGACAUGACGAGUCUUUAACACAAUAUCCAUGUAUAAUACUACUAUAACCACACCCGUGCUGCGGCAGCACCCCCAAGCGGCGUUCUCAUGCUUCUCAAAUCUGACCACGGCAUACAUUUGUACAACUACAACAUAGAAAAGGAGAGGAGAGAGAGACGGCCUCGAAUAUGGAUUGCUGGAGCUUAUACGGUCCUUGCUACG